GCGAAGAUGUCCAAAUUCGAUUGGACGGCAACGGUAAAACCCUUGUUAGGUGCGACUUACAAGGCACUCAGUUCCAGUGACUUAUUGAGGAUUGUUGAGAUCAUCGGAGCAAGCCGAGAGGAGAUUUUGGAACACGAUGCCGAAUUCGAGCCAUUCUAUUCGUCUUUCGUUGCGUUGUCGAUUCAUUACCUUUGCGCAGCAGCAUCCACAAUUUCAGCUGCUGCACUACCAAAGUUUACUCGAGCAUGUGAGGUGGCAAUCGAUUUUUUUGCGAAUAGACUGCGCAGAUUAAAUGAUAUGGGAACCGUGCCGUCAGCAGACGCAGCCCAUCUGGAGAAAUUGAGUAAGAUUAAUGACCAGUGCGCUGUUCGGACGAAGCAGCUGAUUUUGUUGCUGAAAGGUCUGUGCACUGGUUGCAGCCAGUUGACUCGAGCAGACAUUAUUACGUUGACGGCAUUGGUGAAAAUAUCAGCCUUGCCAUCGCACAUUCGAGCAACGGUUAUCGCUGAAAAGAUAGAAGAGAAAGCUGAGACAAACAAAACGAAGGAACACAGCACAGAUGACGGUAUUGCUAGAGUGAGAAACUUUCUGCGUUCCGCUGUUGCGUACGAUACCAUGCUGAUUGGUGCUGAGCCUGAGGGAACUGGACCACAAACUGCUUUAUCCGGUGUUGUAUUCCUCUACCGGAAUCUGCACACCCUUUCGAAAAUGAAUGUGGGGUCGAUUUUACUGGACGUCUGCUUGAACCGCUUGUUUCUUCUUCGUUUUAUCUUGAUCUAUAAAGAUCUGCUGGCUGGCCGUGCGGUGAAUAGCAUUGACCUCAAAGAAUGCCAGGGGAUCGAAGAUUCUCAUUCUUCGAUGCUGGAUGACAUUUGUCUUGUGGAGACGGUACUCACCUUGCCAUUACUUGAGCCGUUGAACGCCGAAAAGCUCAGCAAGAUAUGCCAGUUAAGUGGCAGCUGUUUCUUGGCAUCCGUGAAUGUUGCGGCAGUCUGCUUCGAUUUCGAAAAGAAGAAUGGCAGGGUCGACGUGGAAUUGAACACCGCUUUUCAGAAUGCGUUCGACAAAUCGAUUGAUAUCCAUAGCUUUCUGUCACAGUUAAUUGAGGAAUCUCCGAAUGCUGGAAGAAUGCAUUUGCAUAAUUUCUACACUAUCACCGCGCUUUGUUUGGCCGUCUCGGUUCAUGACAUUUUGCAAAACUUCUCACUCAGUCCUCUGUUGCUGCCGCUUAUGCAGUACCUGUUGAAGUUGAUGUCUCAUGUGCUGAGCGACUUGGAAACAGACACAGAUGAAACGGCAGAAUUGAGGGAGUUAAACUGCAGCACUGCGUGCACCAAGUGGCAGAAGUUUGAUUUUAUCAACCGCAGGAUUCCGAUUAUUCCGUUCUUUUUCAAACUUGCCAGUUUUGCGCUGAAAAAUGUACGUAAGUUUAGUGAUUUAGCUUACAUCUGUGUUAGAUUAUGGGACGAAUUUGAUCAAACUUUUUAAAC